AUGUCGACUGGCAAGGGAACUUUCUCUUUUAAAUGGUCUGAACCCGCCGAGGAGGUUUAUGUCACCGGUAGUUUCGACAACUGGACCAAAUCCGAGAAACUCACCAAGACUGCUGACGGUUCACAUGUCGGAGUUGUCACCGUUCCUAUUGAGAAAAACACUUACAAGUACGUCGUUGACGGCACUUGGACAACAGAUCCUAAACAACGUGUCGAGCAGGAUGCGUCUGGAAACGACAACAACUACCUUCUUGUUGAGGACAUCAUCCCAACAGAGGAACCCACUCUAGCUAUUCCAGCUCCAAUUCCUGAUACUUCCGAUGCUACCGUUACUCCUUUCCUCCAUUCCGCUGGCGGUGGGUCCACCACUGCUGCCCUCGCCGCUGAGGUACCUCUAGAGCCGAAAAAGGAGAAGGCAAAGGAACCGGAACCGGUUCCAGAGGCCACCAAGGAACCCGAUACUAUUGCCACUUUGCCAGUUAUCGAGUCUCAGCCACCUCUUGAAGUCUUCUCCUCGAUUGGGCCCGAAUCUACUACUGCCGCUUUGGCUGCCGAGGUCCCACUUGAGGUCGCUGCAAAGCAGGACCCAAUUGUUCCAGAGGCUACCAAGGCUGUCGUUGCGCCUGAGGAUCUCCCUACUCCAGAUCCAAAGUCUGUCCCCGGAUAUCUCCCAGAUACUAUUGAGGAGAAGGACGAGGUCGACCAGGUUGUCAGCAUCAACCCAUUCCCAGCUUCUGAAACUGCCGACAACCCAAUUCAAUUGGCUCCAAAUGAUCCAAUUCCACCACAUACCGCCAGUAUCACCGACAAUGUCAAGUUGGACAGGGAAUCAUACGAACACGCUGAUGCUUCGAACCUCGGUGUUGGCGCUACUGCCGCCGCCGCCCUCGCUGCUGUUACGGGAGCUGUUGCUGCCGCUGUCGACACCUCUGGUGUUAAGAAUUUGAUUCCUGAAUCCAGCUUGCCAGCUGUUGGCAUUGCUGAUGCCGUCAAGAGUUUGCUUCCUGAAGCAGUUGUCGGAAAGGUCGAAAAGGAGGAAGACCACAGCACCGCUACUACUGAGGUUGUCCCACCAGUUGUUGUUGAGUCUCAGGAGAAGGCCGGAGUUGACCCAGAAGCUUCCGGAAAUCCCGCCGCCGUUGAGGCCAAGAAGGAGGUCGAGGACGAACUUGUGGAAAAAGUUGAAAAGGCUGCUCCAGAGGCUACUACUGAUUUCCCACGCGCCGAUGUUCCAGAAGUUGUCCGCGAGAGCCAGGCCGAAGCUGGUGUUCCUCUCGAGGCCUCUGCUUCCCCCAUUGCCGUCGAGGCUAAGAAGGAGAUUGAGGCUGAGUUGAAGAGCGAAGUUAAGCCCGUUGAACCAAUCGCCGAAGAACCAGUUGCCAGCCCAUCUGAGACUCCACUUGUCCCAGCUGUCGUCGCUGCUUCUAUCGAGAAGGCCGGUGUUCCAGCUGAAGCCACCGCCAACCCGGUCGCUGUUGAAGCCAAGGCUAUCGUUGAAGAGGCCAUCACCAAGUCAGAGACUAAGCCAGAGACCUUGGAGCCACCAAAGGCCGAGGAAGCUAAGGUUGAGGAACCUUCCACUACCGAGAAGGUCACUGAGGCUGCCGAGAAGGUUGUCGAAAAGGUCACCCCUGAGGCUCCUAAGACCGAGGCUCCACCAGCCCCCACUACUGAGGCCCCACCAGUUCCUACCACUGAAGCCCCAGCUGCCCCCACCACCGAAGCUCCAGCUGCCCCCACAACCGAAGCUCCAGCUGCCCCCACAACCGAAGCUCCGGCUGCUCCUACAACUGAAGCUCCCGAGGCUCCAAAGACCGAAGCUGAAGCCCCUAAGACUGAGGUCAAUAACGGCGAGGCUUCAGCUGAUGCCGCAAAGGACAAGGAAGUUAAGAAGAAGCGACGAGUUUCUGCUUUCUUCCACAAGUUUGUGCAGAAGCUGAAAUAA